AUGCAGCAUACAUUCUCCCUCCCCGGCAGCGGCCUGCGUGCGGUCCGCGUGCGUUCGGACUCGAGGCGAUCUGUGGCGCCCGUGCGCUCAGCCAGCAGGCGGCAUGCCGUGUCGGUUGCCGCAGCCCUCGCACCCCCGACCGUCGCCGACACGCGCUUGCGUUUCUAUGAGGCGUACCGCCGCCCCGUCCCCGCGAUCUACAACGUCGUGCUGCAGGAGCUGCUGGUGCAGCAGCACUUCAUCCGCUACAACGUCAACUACCAGUACAACGAGGUGUACGCCCUGGGCUUCGUGAGCGUGUUUGACCAGGUCCUGGACAGCUUUGACCAGGCAGAGCGCGCCAAGGUGUUUGACGCCUACAUCUCCGCCCUGGGGGAGGACCCGCGGCAGUACAGGGUGCGCGCGGCGGCCGACGUGGAGCGACUGGAGUCGGAGGCCGCGGCCCUGGGCGGCGCGGACGCCCUUACGCCCGACGCAGACGGGGGCGAGCUGCAGCGCGCGCUGGCGCGCCUGGCGGAGCAGUCUGCCGCCAAGCGGCUGCCCUACAACAAGUUCCUGGCUAUCGGCCUGUUUAGGCUCCUUGAGCUGACGGGCGCCAAGGAGCCCGCAGCCCUGGAGCGCCUGGUCAAGGCCGUGGGCGCGUCCCCCCAGGCUGUCAACAAGGACCUGCUGCUCUACAAGGGCAUCCUCUCAAAGAUGUCGGCCGCAAAGGAGCUGAUGAAGGAGUUCCUGGAGCGCGAGAAGAAGAAGCAGGCGGAGCGCGAAGCCGCCAAGGCCGCCAGGGCCGCAGCCCCGCAGCCCACUGGUGCCGCGGCCUAG